GUUCAUAGCGGCUACUGGAAAUCGGAUGAUAUUGAUAGCGUCGAGCAACCUCGGAGUGGCCGCGCUCAAGAGACCUCGGAAGCAUGGUCCGUCAAACAGCGAUAGACAUUCGAAUUUGGCGCGAGGCAAAAAGCUGCGAUACCUCGAGUUCGCCUGGGUAUUCACCGGUCAAAGGAUACGCUGCUUCGCACGGUAACCAUGUCAUCAUCAUUUUCUUCCAUCCCUACCAUUGAUUAUGGUCGACUCAAGAAUCCGACAACGAAAGCCGCAGAACUCAUCAAACUACGUGAUGCCAUCUUCGUUGUUGGCUUUCUCUACCUCGUGGAUUCGGGGCUGGAGCCAUUAAUAAAGAGAACUCAUGACGCGUUGCCAUGGGUAUUUUCAUUACCCGCCGAAGUGAAGGAGAAGUCCAAUAUGCGCAACUCGCCGGCAUUCCUGGGAUACACUCAGCUGGGAUCCGAGACGACAGCAGCGCAGACUGAUCUCAGAGAGCAAUUUGAUUUCGGAACCUCCGUUGAAGCAAAAACGACAGCCGACGAACCGCGGUGGACAGGGUUAGAAGGGCCUAGCCAGUUUCCAGCCAAUCCCGAGGUAAAAGCCUUCGUAACGCGAUAUCUAAUGGCAAUGCAUUCACUCUCUAGAUCUUUCUUGAGGCUGGUGGGAGAAUCGUUAUCACUCCCGCCAACCACGUUUGACGGGUUCCUGGGUGAUAUGGAUAGGCUCAAGUUUGUAAAGUACCCGCCCGCGGCUCCAGGAUUGCAAGGGGUGGGCCCUCAUAAAGAUUCGACGGGGCUCUUUACAUUUCUUUCGCAAGAUAAUGUCGGGGGUCUCGAGGUGCUCAAUAAAGAUGGCGACUGGAUUCCAGUGCCGCCCGUGGAAGGAAGUCUAGUCGUCAACAUUCAACAGGGCUUUGAAGCGAUUACUGGUGGUAUUUGCGGAGCGACAACGCAUCGGGUGAUUGCUCCGACAGACGUGACUCGCUAUAGCAUUCCGUUCUUCCUUGGUGUCCGGUUGGAUCUAACCUUAGAUCAAUUGAAGGAGUCAGCAGCUCAUAUUACUGCGAAGAUUCCUGUGACGGAUGAUCGGAAGAAAAGGGCAGUGGACGUGCCCAGCGAGUUCCUUUCCCCGCAAUAUUCUUGUUUCGGAGAGGCUCAGUUAAGAAACAGGGUGCUUAGCCAUCCAGACGUGGGGAAGAGAUGGUAUCCGGAUCUUUAUGAAAGGUAUUCAAAUGAGGUACUGGGUUGAACAUCGAUGUGUCAAUGGUAUCUUCGCGUCCAGUAUAGGCAUAAUCUUCGGCUUGUGCCGGCUGGCAUCCUAGGGUAAUUGAAAAUUUGCGCCUCUCUGAAGGAUUCUGUAAAUAACAUUGGUAGUACUCUUCAG